AUGGGUGCAGGUUCCGCUCUCAUGGAGGAGCUCUUGUCCACGCUCACCAUGGAAUUGGACCCAACACGCCACGUGUCUCUCCUAUUCCCAAAAAGGAAUAGAAAAGGAAGACGGCCUUUUUCCUUGUCUAUAAAGAGUCUCCCUCUAUUUCUGUGGUGUGCAGGAUACGAAGAUCUAAUGGGAGAUUUUUGUAUCAAAGAAGAAAUUAGUGAUAUCCCUUCAAGUAGGCACCAGUUUGAUCAUCCAUCAAGUGAAUGCGGCCUACUAGAAAGACAUGGUUGCCAAAUAAAGCAUGUGGCACAUAAUGAUGCUGUGAAUAGUCUUUUGGUUGAUUCUGUUGGAUCGCCCUCAUCAUUGGAUGACAUUUUUACCUGCCUCUUAACAUUGACUACAUAUUUAAGGCGUCGACUAGUUCAUUUUAUUGAGGAUCUUAUAUACCAAGAUGUCAAUGGAUACUCAGAGAGUUUUGUGGCCAGUUCUUCUGGACCGCAUUCACAUUCUUCAGGACACAACAUCUAUAGAUCUAAUGUCGAAGGUUUUUCAUUGUUUUCUGAACAUCAUAUUGCUAAUAAGAGUCCUGAAAUCCACAGAACAAGAGCGGCAGAAGUCAGGGAAGAGUUACUUGUAAAUACCAGAUACGAAGCUAGAACUGGUUGCAGUCGUCGAGGUGUUUCAUUAAUUAUUCAAGGGUUGAUGCUCCCAUUGUUUGGUUUACGACUUGCCUGGAGGUUGGCAUUGGCCUCCUGGAGAUGUUCACUUUAUUAUAUCAGAUGUACACAAGCUCAAGUUCUUAGCAUUACAUCUCGUGUUCGCAAAACUUUGCGUGGUUCGUCAGAUGAUAUUGGAUGGCUACAGCAUACACGUGACAUGGCUCCAGUGGAGGAUGGUACAGUUAGAUUCUUAGAGCUGCUUGAGAAAAUAAGGAAUGGAGAGCACAACCUUCCGAACUCAUUUGUUUAUUUAUUAAUACCAGGCCUUUUUAGUAAUCACGGCCCCCUGUAUUUUGUGGGUACUAAGAGAUUCUUUUCUAAGAUGGGUCUAGCUUGCCACAUUGCAAAAAUUCACAGUGAGGCAUCAGUGGAGCAUAAUGCAUGGGAGCUGAAGCAAUAUAUUGAGGAGCUAUAUUGGGGUUCAGGCAAGCGUGUGAUACUGCUUGGGCACAGCAAGGGUGGGGUUGAUGCUGCAGCUGCGUUGUCGAUAUACUCUUCUGACUUGAAAAACAAAGUUGCUGGACUGGCAUUGGUACAGAGUCCAUAUGCUGGAACCCCCAUAGCUUCUGACAUUCUUCGUGAAGGCCAGAUUGCUGACAAAGAAACUCGGAGGAUCAUGGAGCUUUUGAUCUGCAAAAUAAUUAAGGGUGACAUACGAGCAUUGGAGGAUCUCACGUAUGAUAAGCGGAGGGAAUUCAUCUCAAAGCACCAGCUUUCAAAGGAAAUUCCUCUUAUCUCUUUCCACUCGGAAGCAAGCAUUGCUCCAGGUGUCCUUGCAACAAUGACUCACAUAGCACACGCAGAACUUCCUUGGCUUCCCCUCCCAAAGUUUGGGAGCGAGGAAUCUGAUGACUUCCAAGCAGGACACCAGGUGCCAGUAGUGAUUCCCGUAUCUGCUGCUAUGGCUGUGUGCGCACUCCACUUGCAGCUUAGGUAUGGAGAGAAGAGUGAUGGGUUAGUGACAUGCCGUGAUGCUGAAGUUCCAGGUUCAGUUGUAGUCAGGCCAGAUAGGAAGCUGGAUCAUGCUUGGAUGGUUUACUCUUCAAGAAAGAAGGAUCCUAGUGAACCUGAUUCUUGUGAAAUGUGCGAGGCUCUUUUGACUAUGCUGGUGGAGCUUGGCAAGAUGAAGCAAGAAAGAGAUGUCUCCGGUGCCUUUUAAAUUCUUUACAAGGAAGUCAUUGUUUUGGGCCCUCUUGAUCUCGAAUUCCCAUUAAUGAAGAUGGCACCAUGUGACGUUUGCUCCUUGCUUAUGGGAAUCAUAAAUUGAAGGGAAGAAACAUUUUUGCUGCAAGUUACGAUCUGCGCUUUUGUCUCCUUCAUUGCUUAAUUUCACGCUUUGUACAUUUUAUUUCAUAUCAUGCCGUACUACAAACACUAAUACAUUCUGAAUGAUCGAUUUAGCAAGAGAUCAGGAAUUCGAAUGUUAGAACUCAAAAAGUAAAAUGUCAGAAACUUUCAAAUCCCUUCAUUUUGGGAUCCUA